AUGGCUUCUGGGUGCAGCUUGUCAACUCUAUUUCCUCCUCAAAGUGUACUCGACGACGCAUUAAAUGACGCCGCGACACAAGAGGCGAUGGAAGCUCUCGUCUUCGAGUAUCUGAAAGACAUGGACGAGAGGGAAGAACUCAAGAUGCCUGACUUUGACACCGGUCUGGAAUGGCUUAACACGGAGGGCCCACUGUCUUUCAGCAAGGAGCUGGCGGGAAAAUUGGUCCUACUGGACUUCUUUACCUAUUGCUGCAUCAACUGCAUGCACAUCCUGCCAGACCUUCACCAUCUUGAGCAGAGGCACUCAGUCCAAGAUGGACUGGUUAUUGUUGGAGUACAUUCUGCCAAAUUCCCUAAUGAAAAGGUUCUGGACAAUGUCCGCAGCGCCGUGCUCCGCUACGACAUCCGCCACCCGGUGGUGAACGACGGCGACGCGAGUCUCUGGCACCAGCUGGAGGUCUCCUGCUGGCCCACGUUGGUGCUGGUGGGCCCGCGGGGCAACCUGCUCUUCACGCUGGUGGGCGAGGGCCACCGCGACAGAUUGAGGCUCUUCGCCGACGUCAGUCUCCGUUACUACCGGGAGAAGAAGCUGCUGCUGCCGCACCCGGUGGGGGUCAAGCUCUACCGGGACUCUCUGCCUCCCAGCAUCCUGUCGUUUCCCGGGAAGCUCUGCGUGGACCGCGCCGGCGACAGGCUGGCCAUCGCCGACACGGGACAUCACCGCAUUCUGGUGGCGUCCUCCACGUGUCAGGUGUUGCACAUCAUCGGAGGCCCUGAAAGCGGAAGGCGAGACGGCUCCUUGUCUGAAGCCUCCUUCAACUCCCCUCAGGGCGUGGCCAUGAAGGGCAACGUCAUCUACGUGGCCGACACGGAGAACCACCUGAUCCGAAAGAUCGACCUGUCGGAAGGGCGAGUCAGCACGCUGGCCGGCCUCGGCGUCCAAGGUACGGACAAAGACGGCGGCGCCAUGGGAGACGAGCAGCCCAUCAGCUCUCCCUGGGACGUAGCGCUCGGAACAGCUGGCGGCGCGGAGGACAACGUGCUGUGGGUGGCCAUGGCGGGAACCCAUCAGAUUUGGGCACUGUUCCUAGCAGAUGGGAAACUGCCCAAAGGAAGCGAGUGCAAAGCGGGCACGUGCGUGCGAUGGGCCGGCAGCGGCAGCGAGGAGAACCGCAACAACGCCUACCCGCACAAGGCGGGCUUCGCCCAGCCUUCGGGUUUGGCCGUCGCCCCCGAAGAGCCGUGGGGCUGCCUCUUUGUGGCGGACAGCGAGAGCAGCACCGUGCGCACGCUGGCGCUGAAGGACGGCGCCGUCAAGCUGCUGGUUGGUGGCGAGAGAGACCCCACGAACCUCUUUGCUUUCGGGGAUGUGGACGGGAAGGGCGUGGAGGCCAAGCUGCAGCAUCCGCUGGGCGUGGCGUGGUCGCCGCAGCGAAACUUGCUCUACGUGGCCGACUCCUACAAUCACAAGAUUAAAGUGGUGGACCCCAAGACGAAGCAUUGCAGCACUUUGGCCGGCACGGGCGAAGCGGGCGACACCGUGGGUCCCGAUUUCGCCGUGUCCCGCUUCAACGAGCCCGGCGGCAUCUGCGCGGGCCCCGGCGGCAACCUUCUCUAUGUCGCCGAUACCAACAACCACCAAAUCAAAGUGCUAGACCUCGGCUCCAAAAGCGUCUCGCUGUUCCCCCUUGUCUCGGACUGCGUAGACUCGGGACGGGCUAACGUGAAGGCGCCCAGCAAGACCCCGAAGAUGCCCCGAGGGGCCGUGAGGAUCGACAUGCCGCCGGUGUCGGCUAGUGCCGGACAGACCGUGGUCCUGUCGCUCGCGUUGUCGCUUCCCCAAGGAGCCAAACUCACCGACGAGGCGCCGAGCUGCUGGGCCCUCUCCGCCGAAGAUGACGAGUGGCUUCUAGACACGCAGGCGGUCACUGGCGACAUCACGGAUCUGUCCAAGCCGCUGCGCGUCGCCGCCAAACUUCCGGACGUUCCGAAGAAACAGCGCGCGAGUCUCACGCUGAGCAUCUGGCUGUACUUCUGCAUGGCGGCGGGGACGACUUGCACCAUGAGAGCGGCGGCUUUCUACCAGCCUCUCCAGCUCAAUGACAAUCCUGCCACGGACGAGCUUUGCGGACUGCGCUCCUUUUGAAGGGGCGGGAGAGGGACUCUAAAUCUGCCUCGUCCACAAAAAGGAAUCGUUGUUCCUUUUGAUGACAUUGACUGGAGGUGAAAACAGCAAAAUCAACAACAAUAACAUUCCACAAAGGGUGUCCUCCAGCACCGCCUGCAGCUUCCUGUUGAUCUCCAGCGACAGGUCCAGCGUGAGCCCGCUGUCGGCCGGGUGGGAGGUGUACAGCGAAGCCAUGAUGCCCCCCCGCCGGCUCAG